GUAAGCUAUGGCCAUUCUCCUCUGACACACAUGAUCCACCACCCUACCUCCAGAUAUGUCUCCCGUAUCUGGAUCCAGCGCUGAUUCAAUCGCGUCAACAAGUUUUUCGAUUCUCGUACGGCUUCCAAUGCCGCUGCCCAUCUUGUCUGUUCCUCGAAAGACCGGGGGCAUUCCGGAACCUUCGGACCGAACUGGGCUUGCGCGCGAUCUGCUGCAGUUUGCACGGUCCAAUCGCUGCGAUUCGACCUUAUUAACAUCCUCCAAUCCUGACGAAACGCUCCCACCCGAGCUUCUCGCUGUUCUCAACGAAUCGUUCGUCGCCCAGCUUGCCGAGACAUUCAGAAACGCCUCCCACGAUGGGAGCUACCAAACGGCGUUCACGUCCGGCGAGACGCUUCUUGCGCUGUAUAGACUCAUCUAUCCCGAAAAUUAUCCCCAGAUAGGGUUGCAUCUUCUCGAGCUUGCCAAGACGUACUGGAAUGGACUGCUUGUGCAGAACCUGGACACCCGACGAGAGUGUCUGGGAUAUCUCACCGAAGCCAAAGCGAUUCUUUCCGUCCUGGGCCCGGAAGGAGAUGAGGGCGGCCCCUUGGUCGAGAUUAGCACCCUGGAGAGUCUCUUACUAAAUCAGUGAUCGUGAUGCCCAAGUAAUCUAAAUGGCUGUCCUGCGUGGGCUGCGUGGCUUCUAAUCUGCAAACUGCGGAGUAGCAUGGAUGAAUUAUUGACGCGACUUCCAUGCACUGUAUUGCCAGCACAGCGAUUCUCACUCCCUAGAUUUGUGAGACAUAAAAUCUGUUUUCACGCGAUAUCACGUGUACCAUGAUAUCAUCAAGGCCACGUUCAACGAACGCCGCCGGCAACGUCGACCGCUGACGGUGACCGCUCU